AUGAUUAAUACAAUGAUUUCUAUACUUUCACUGAUAUUAUGGUUAACUUUAAGCCAAAGUAAUGCCAAAGAGAUCAGUGUUUCGGUGGAGAAGGGAGUGAUUGUCGGCAACACUCGGCCCACAAUUGACGGCAAACAAGUGAACGAAUUUCUGGGCAUUCCUUACGCCAAACCACCCAAAGGUGACCUCAGGUUCCGGAAACCCUUGGUCUCAACCAUUGGUGGCCGACAAGUGGCCCAACCCUUGCNUGACGGCAAACAAGUGAACGAAUUUCUGGGCAUUCCUUACGCCAAACCACCCAAAGGUGACCUCAGGUUCCGGAAACCCGUUCCCACCAACAGUUGGUCUCAACCAUUGGUGGCCGACAAGUGGCCCAACGCUUGCUCUCAACUUCGUAUAAACGCUCAAUACUAUCAAAACAAAAAUGUCAGCGAAGACUGUCUUUACUUAAACAUAUGGGCGCCGACUGCCACUACCAUGAGGUCAGGGGUCUCCGGACGUAAUGCUAGCAAACAGAGGUCAACAACGAGUGGACGACAGUCAGCGGGACUUAAGCCGGUUAUGUUUUACGCACAUGGAGGCGGGUUUUCGGUGGGCUCAUCCAGUGCGUUCAACUACAGGGGCGAAGUGUUAGCAACAAAGGGGGACGUGAUUGUUGUUACCAUUAAUUACCGAUUAAAUGCAUUUGGAUUCCUAUAUACGGGAACGGAUGACGGGCCCGGAAAUGUGGGUCUCUGGGACCACGCGCUGGCACUGGAGUGGGUGCAUAAGAAUAUCAAAAGUUUUGGCGGAGACCCUGAGAAGAUCACUAUUUUCGGUACCAGCGCCGGUAGUAUGACGUCCAGUGCUUUAAUACUGUCUCCCAUAACACGCAAUCUAUUCAAAAACGCUAUAUUAAUGUCGGGGUCGGCGUUGGGUGAGGUGACGGGUAAUCCGGAUGAUAUGAAACAGUAUUGGCUUCAAGUGGCAAAAUACGUGAACUGUGUAGACGAUGAAACACCCGGCACAUUCACGCCUAAAGUCAUAAACUGUUUGAAAGCUGUAGACCAGAACACAUUGGCUACCUAUUCAUCGGCAAUUGCAUAUCAGGCUGGAGGUGCCUUAAACCUUAAAUCUUUUAUGGUAGCCGACGGCACGUUUCUACCUAAAAAACCGCAUGAAAUGCUAAUAUCCGGGGACUUUCGCAAAGACAUGAACCUAAUGAUAGGUAACUGCGAGGACGAGGGCAGUAAUGUGUUGAUGUUAUUCGCCACGAACUUGGGGGAAGACCCCAAGAAGUAUGACUCCCACAACCCGACGCCCAUUACAUACACGGAGGCCUACAAUACCACGAAAAGCCUGUUCACGGCGUUGGCUCUGACGCCGAGGAUUAAUGGCGAAGAUGUGGCCAAACUAUACUUCACGGGUCUGUCCGCUAAGUCGGGUCAGGAUGUGGUCAGACGUAGCAUUGGCUACGCUAUCGGCGAUUAUCUCAUCACAUGUCCGACCGUUUCGUUUGCGAAGAGUCUGUACAAAACGGAUCCAAAGAGUAAUGUCUAUCAGUAUUAUUUCAAUAGCAAAAUCAGUGACUGGAAUCCACUUUGUGGGCCAUGGAUGGGGGUGUGUCAUACCAAUGACGUGGAUCAUGUGUUUGGUAUGCCAUUCCUCGACACCAAGCGUUUUGUCGAUAGGGAACGGGAUAUAUCACAACAAAUGAUAGAUAUAUUUGCAACGUUUGCUAGAAAUGGUAAACCGCCGGCACAGGGAGGCUCCGAUUGGCCCCAGUAUUACACAAUUGGUGGCAAUACUGUUGCCCCGUAUUAUGAAGUGACAAAUUACCCGAAAAACAUUACAAAUUUCAAUACCGACCUUAAGACUCUAAUGGGCGACAGUCUAUACACCGGAAGUUUGACCCGAAAAGGGAGUCGUGUUUUGGGAAAGUCGUAUCCGGCAAUUGGUUCCCUAUAUAUAAACAGAUAUCAGUCCAGGAUGUUAACCAGGAUGACUGUCCUGAACGACCGCACACAGGGAGGCUCAUCGAUAAUAGAGGGCGCCGUUGAACUCAUGGUUCACCGGCGACUGGAUCGCAAAGGUUCCGGCGGUGACUUUAUGAUCGAUGAGCCGGGUGUCGACGGUAAGGGACUGGAGGUGAGGGGCAAACACUACCUGUUCUUCCAACCCAUUACCCAAAGCCCACAACUGGUGCGACCCCUGUCUGAGCAGCUCUUUAUGGGUCCGAUCGAGACGUUCGACAUAUACACGACUCGUGAGGAAUAUUCCGGGAAAUUCGUGACCCAUUUGUCGGCAAUCGGCGAUUCCCUCCCAGAAUCUGUGCAUUUGUUAACAUUAGAGCAGUGGUCGGACAGGGAGGUGUUGGUGAGGUUUGAGCACAUGUACGAAAAGUCGGAUAACAGCCCCCAGUCUAAGGACGUGUCGUUUGAUAUGCAAAAAGUGUUGAAAAUUCUGAAAAUUGUGAAUUCAGUCGAAAUGAAUUUAGCGGCCAAUGAGUUGUUGUCUGAGACUAAACGCAUGGAUUGGAAAUCAAAACAGAGUUCUGCCGCGAGUUUCGACAUCAGAGGUAACGGUGCCGUUGAGGGCGACCUUAUCGUAAAAUUAUCACCACAACAGAUCCGGACGUAUAUUCUCACCAUUGAUGGCGACUAUCAUAAAGAAGGGAUAAAUAUAUGA